AUGGGUGAAAGCAUCAAGGAGUACUUGGAAAGAAUGGAUAUUUUUUUCCAAGUGAACGAAGUCGAAUCAUCGAAGAAAACAAUAAUGUUGUUAACCUUGGGUGGAGCGUCGCUGUACAGUCUUAUAUCAAAGCUAGUGUUACCUGAACAGCCAAAGACGGUAAACUACGAGAAGCUGUGCGUUAAGCUACAAGACCAGCUGGAACAGAAAGUCAACAUAGUGGCGGAACGUUUCAACUUCAGAAACUGUCUACAAAAGGAUCAGUCGGUUGCGGAGUACAUAGUAGAAUUAAAAGCGCUUGCACAAUCGUGUAAGUUCACGUGUUGUUUAGCGGAAAGUUUGCGAGAUCAACUAGUAGCUGGUGUUCGAGACGAAGGAUUGAGAAAACGUCUUCUACGAGAAUCGGACUUAACAUUCGUGAGUGCAGAAAAUAUAGCCAGAACGUGGGAAGCUGCUGAUGAACAAAAUGAAACAUUUACAUCGAAAGAGAAACAGAGGGAAAUGGCGGCGAUUAAGUGCGCGCCAAAACGAAGCGUCGGUCCGAAAGUGCACUACUACCCUGGAAGCAGUACACCUUUACACCAACAGAGCAGAGCGCACAAGCAAGAAAUGAAGUGUUACAGAUGUGGAAGAUCACAUAAUCCACAGACAUGUCCUGCGCGUAUGUGGCAGUGUUUCAACUUACGAAUGUGCAGAAAGUAUUUGUUGGAUAUGAGAUUGAAACCAUUAAGUCUACAAAGGAAGCUAAAUCAUCUUCUAAUCAGUUAUAGAAAUAGUCCAUGUACGGUUACCAAAGUAACGCCAUCAGAAAGAGUAUUUUGUUACGUACCACAUACGUUAGUAGCGAAAUUAAACCCUAGGAAAGGACAUGAAAGACAAACAUCGAGUAAAGAAGAGUCAAGAAGACUUGUUCCAAUGGUGAAAUAUCAAGAUCAUUAUAAAGAAGAAGAAGAAGUCUAUUACAAAAACCACUUUAAGGAAUACGUGAGAUGGAUUCCAGCGAUAAUAAAGAAGAAGAUAAGUAGUCUAAGAUAUUUAAUAAGUCUAAAUGGAGUAGUACGAUUGGUACAUGCAAAUCAAAUAAGGAAAAAGGAUAAAGGAAUCUAUUUACACACAGUCUUCUUAUUCGCCUUGGGGCACUAG